CACUGCACACAGGAAAACAGGACUGUGCUACUAGCUGACAUCUGGGCAGACCUGGAAAAAGAGAAGAGGAUGUAGACUUCAGAGAAAAGGAACACAGAUGACUUCAUUCCAGUCUGAGUCCCAGAACUUGUACUCCGCCUUUCACAUAAGAUAUGUCAUCAGGGUACUUUGAAGCUUUUCGGCUUCCAAGAAAAUUCCUGGUUCUCACCCCUAUUUAUGAGCAAAGCCAAGAAAGUCCGGUUCUUAAAGGACCUAGCCCUACUGUGCCCUCAACAUCUGUAUACCCCAUCCUAGGGUACCAAGUUUACUGCAUCUGAGGCUUCCUCCCCCUGUAUUCCUGAGCCACAAAGGAAGGCCUUUCUAGGGUCCAACUGCAGAAACUGCCUCAUGGAUAGUCUAAUUUGUCCCACCUUGGUGACUGAUUACUCUCUUACUUGCUUUUUUUUUUUUUUUUGCUAACCAAUAGUUUGGACUUGGUGAUUUGUACCUAUGCUUGAUGACAGCACCCUGUUUGUGCUGACCCCUUUUGAUCAGAACUCUGCUCUGAGACAGCCACAGGAAACCAGAGUCCUUUGGGAGUGUGUGGUUAGGGAGAAAUUAAUUCUCCUAAUCCCACUAUCCUUUUUGUUUGUAUAGUUUACAGAGCUGAAAUCAUGUUGUCUGUACUACCCCAGCUCCUACCUCUUAUACUUAACAAAAGCUAAGUUCUAGUUGGGGUUUUGUGGCUUAGAAUGCCAGAAUACAGACUGGGAUCUGGGGUCACCUCUGCCCCCUUUGCUGUUAUCAUCAUCUUUAACUGCCCAGACUUCGGAAAUAGAGAUAUUAGGAUCAGUGUACAAAUUCUGAUCUAUUGAACUUCAUCUCCUAACUUUUUAUGUGUUUGCAGGAAGGCCUAAACUGAAAAAAAAGAUCUCAACAGAGUGUAAUGUAACUCUAGUUUUAGCAGCUGUCCUUAGUGUAAUUUAUAUUAAGGUCAAGUCUGAAGCUAACUUCCAUAUAUCUUAGGAGUUGAAAUGAAGAACAACCAGCCACACUGUGCAUUAAAAUGGGUGAAAAAAUGCAGGUAGGCUUUUUGCAACAUUCGGUUGCAACUUAGAUGAUUUUUGAAGUUCUUUAUAACUUGUUUUUUAAUCCACAGAACUCCCAUAGCCUGGAAUUCCAGCUGUGGGUACUCCUUUCAGAAUUGGGGAUCUUCACAAUACAAUUGGACAAGACCCCUUGGAAAUAUUCUGUGUCUCAAAUGCCCUAUGGAACAUACACUUAAUCAGUUGAUGGCUGUGGAAUUUUCUGUCAGCUAAAGAGAAGGUAAACACCAGUGGUUGUCAAGAAAUAGGGACUUUCUCCAAGAUGACGCUCAAAGCCUAUUGGAAAAAAUCUCCCUUCUGAAGAGAAGAAAGAAAAAGCACUUGCUGGAGAGGAUGGUUUUAGUUGUGAGAGAUGAGUCCCCAAAUUGAUCCCCCCAGGGGCCAAAGCCCAAUUAAAGAAAGUCAAGGGGAAUGGACUUCAUCAGGAUGUAGGUCUGGAGAUUUCAAGCCACAGGGUGGAUCUGUAAGAGGAGAGGCUUGAGAAAAACGAGAAACAGGAAAAGGACCUGUAUUUCUGAAGGCUUACUUUAAGGCCGUCACUUCUGCAGGGAAGAAAAGGAGGAAGUGUCUGGCUCAUAUUUCUGGAGAUUUGCACACUGCUGCAGAAUCCCUUGCUCACUUCCUGCAGGAGAUUUUAGAAACAUUGGGGACAGUCUUCUAUAGAGUUUGACACCACUGGAAUCAAGGAAAGGAGGGAGAAAUUGUUCCACAUCGUGCAGAUUGGUCUCCAGUGGCAGCUCUGGCGCUGUUGGAAUUGCUGUUGACCACCACCCUCAACAGGUCUGCAUCCACCUGGGAACCAUUGGUCCUCCCCUAGCUUGGUUGUGCCUCUUCUGCUCUCUGCCUGUAGUAUUGGCUGAGACUGGGCUUGGGGAGGAGACUGAUUGGCUGCUGGACUGGUGAUUGACUCUUUUGUUUCCAACCCUAUCGCCUGAAUCAUCCAACAAUUAGAGUGUGAAGAUACAAAACUGUGACAGAUCUGUGGUGGAGGCUGAGAUUGGGUUAGGGGUACUUAACUGGGUCUACUCUAUAACUUGUACUAUGACUGGGGCUGAGAUUGAGCCUGGCACCAAGGCUAAGCCUGAAAAGAAGCCUGGAGAAGAGGUUGUGGGUGGAACCGAGAGAGAGAAUGAAGUCCCAAUGGUGGUCAGACCCAAAGUUAGGGCCCAAGGCCAGGUAAUGCCUAGAGCAAGGCACAAAACUGAGGCCAUGGCAGUAGUUGGGGCACAUUCUAAGACUGAGACCAAGGCAAUCCCUGGGACAAGGUCCAUGGAUGAAACCUAUUCAUGGGCCAAGACUGAGUUUGAUGGUAAGGCAAUACUGAAGACAGGGGGGAUGUCCCAGGCCAAUGCGAUUGCCUGGCCACUGGUCAAUACUGAGCCUGUGUCAGUUGCUAAAACGAAGACCUUGUCUAUGGAUAGGGAACUGGUCAAUAUGGAUGCUGAGUCCUUUCCUGGUACCAAAGUCAAGUCCCAAUCAGGAAUCCAGCCUUUGUUUGAGUCAGAGGAGGAGACCAAUAUGGUGUCCUGGUGCCAUCCCAGGCUUACAUCCAAAAAAGAGAACUCUCGCAAUUGUGAUUUCAGAUGGGUGGAUAGAUCCUCUCUGAGCUCCUGUUUCUGGAGUGGAGAAGAGGUCAGUACAAGGUUUCGUCCUAGGGACAGGGUAAAACCCAGUAGUAGGUUCAGGCACAUGGCCAAAGAAGAAGCCAUGUCUCGGCCCAAACACAGUCGGGAGCUCUAUAUUGCAUCCAGUUCUGGUUCCGAGGAGGAAUCUGUUAAGACACCUUGGCUCUGGGCCAGAGAAAAGACCAGUAUCCGGUCUAGGCCCAAGGAAGAGACCAAUACCAGAUCUUGGUUUAGGUCCAAGAAAGGAAUCUCAGAGUCCAGUUCUGGGUCUGAAUGUGAGGUCAAUGAGAAGUCCUGGUUCUGGGCUGGAGAGGAAGCCAAAUCCAGGUACAAACCCAGAGCAAGGAAAGGAGCCAAUGUCAGGGUCAGGCACAGGGCCAAGCGAGAAGCUUCCAUUGAUUUCAUGUCUGGGUCUAUGGAUGCAGUCAAAAAAGAGUCCUGGUUCUGGCCUGGAGAAAAGGCUAAUAACUUGUCAAGGCCCAAAUCCAAGAAAGAGGUUAGGGCCAGAGCAAUGGUAAAGGAAGAGGCCAAAAUCAAGGCCAGAGCCAGGGCCAAGCGAGAAGCCAGGUCAGAGGAAGAGUUCUUCACUGGGCCUUGGUUCUGGGCUGCAGAAGAGUCUAGUAUAGUGGGUGGAGCCAGUGUCAAGUCCUGUUCUCAAGUGGAUGAUGAGUCUAUUGUUGGCAGUUGGUUCUGGACUGAAGAAGAGGCCAAUACAGGGACUGAGGCCAGUAGUAAGUUCAGACCAAAAACUGAGGAGCCUAUUGGAAAUUCUAUACUUGGAAUUGUGGAAAAGACCAGUGAGGAAACUGGGGCUGAGGCCUCUUCCAAAUCUGUGCCAGCAGAUGAUAAAGAAAAGGUCACUACUAAUUCCUGCUCCUGUGCUAGUGAAGAAACUAACCCAGAGGCUGAAGAAGAGUCUGUUUUCGGCUCUUGGUUUUGGGUCAGUGAUGAGACUAGUGUGGAAGCUAGUGUUGGGGCCAGCUGUGGCUCUAGGCCAAGGUCUGAGGAAGAAGAGGUCAUUGGUCCCUGGUUCUGGGCUGGAGAAGAAAUCUAUACAGAGGCUGAGUUUGGAGAAGAAGCCAGGCCAGAUGCUGAAGAAGAGACAAUAUUUGGGCCCUGGUUUUGGGCUGGAAACCAGGCCCAGAUUGAUUCUGGAGCUGAAGUUGCCUGUGACACCAUGCCAGGGGCUGAGGAGGAAGAGCCCAUUAUUGGGUCCUGGUUCUGGGCUGGAGUAGAAACUUGCGUAGGGGCUGAAGUCAGCAACAGGUCUAGCCUGGAGAACAAGGAAAAUGAUAUUACAUCAUCGUGGUUUGGGACCACAGAAGAGGUCAGUAUGAAGUAUGUGGCUGGUGCCCCAUGUAAAUUUAUGACAGUUGCUGAAGAGAUCAAUAAUGAGUCUAGCUUCUGGUCAAGAGAGGAUCCUUGUAUGUUUCCUGCCAAUGGAGGCAGCUGGAAGUCUAGGCCAGAAGAGGAACAGGAAACUGUUGGUUCAUGGUUCUGGCCCAGAAAACAUACAAGGCCAGAGACCAUUGUAGGGCCCUGGUUAUGGGCUGUGGAAGAGGACAGUUUAGAUGAUAAGACUGAAGAAGAAACCAAGUCACUGACCAAGGAGGAGAACAUGAUCACGUCCUGGUUCUGGAAAGGGGAUAAAGCCAUUACAGAGGCUACGGACAGAGAAGAAUCCAGGCCAGACACUGAAGAGGAGGACAUUAUUGGUUCUUGGUUCUGGGCUACGGAGGAAGAUAGGCUUGGAACAGAAGCAGAGGCUGGAGAAGAUGACAGGCUGGCAGCAGAGGAUGAGGUUAUUGUUGGGUCUUGGUUCUGGGCCAGGGAAGAGACCAUUAGGAAGGAGGCUAGCGUUUAUAGCAAAUACAGUCCAGAAGCUGAAGAGGAAGAAGUCAUCGUUGAGUCCUGGUUCUGGGCUGAAGAAGAGGCCAGUCUGGAUGCAGGGGUUAGUUUUGAGUCCAAGAAUGGGACUGAAGAAGAGGAAGUCAUUGUUGGGUCCUGGUUCUGGGCUGAAGAAGAUAGUGUAGAUGUUGGACCUCAGGAAACAGAAGAGACCACAUCAAGGUCUAGAGAGGAAACCAUAUUUGGAUCCUGGUUCUGGGCUGCAGAAGAACUCAAUGUAGAAGCAGAAACAUGCUGUGCUUCUAAACCAGAGGAUGAUAAAGAGAUGAUUAUUGAGUCCUGGUUCUGGUCUGGAGACAAAGACAUUAAUGAGACUGAAACUGUGGCCACCUCUGAGUCCAGGCUGGAAAAUGAGGAAGGGGCAGUUGUUGAGUCCUGGUUUGGAGCUAAAAAUGAGCCCAGUAACAGGACUGGUAAUGGAACCAACUGUGAGUCUAGGACAGUAGCUGAGGAGGAUGAGGCCAUAGUGGGGUUCUGGUUCUGGGCAGGAGAUGAGGCCCAUUUUGAAUCAAAUCCUGUCCCCGUGUACAGGGCCAUUUGCAGACCCACAUGUUCAAUUGAGCAGGAACCUGAUGCUUCACGCAGGCCCCAGAGCUGGGAGGAUGUUACUGUUAAGUUCAAGCCUGGCCCAUGGGGUAGGGUUGGCUUCCCUUCCCCAAGCCCCUUUAGAUUUCCAAGAGAAGCAGCAUUUCUUUUCUCUGAAAUGUUUGGAGGAAAGCCCAAGCAUAUGGAACUAAGCCUAGAAGGGGAAGAGCAGGAAUCUUUGCCUCAGCCUGAUCAGCCUGACCCUGAGUUUCCAUUUCAAUAUGAACCAUCUUACCGGUCAGUCAGAGAAAUUCGAGAGCAUCUUAAGGCUAGGGAGAGUGCAGAGCCUGAGAAUUGGUCUUGCAGCUGCAUACAGUGUGAGCUUAAAAUUGGUCCUGAAGAGUUUGAAGAACUCCUUCUAUUAAUGGACAGGAUUCGAGACCCUUUUAUUCAUGAAAUAUCUAAAAUUGCAAUGGGUAUGAGGAGUGCUUCUCAAUUUACCCGUGAUUUCAUUCGUGAUGCAGGUGUUGUUUCGCUUAUUGAAACCUUGCUCAAUUUGCCCUCCUCCCGAGUUAGGACGAGUUUUUUGGAAAACAUGGUUCGCAUGGCUCCAACUUACACAAAUCUAAACAUGAUUCAGACAUACAUAUGUCAAGUGUGUGAGGAAACUCUUGCUUACAGCUUAGAUUCCCCUGAGCAAUUAUCUGGAAUAAAGAUGGUUAGACACCUCACUACAACUACUGACUAUCACACAAUGGUUACCAAGUAUUUGUCUGGCUUUCUCUCCUUAUUAGCCACUGGCAAUACCAAAACAAGGUUUCAUGUUCUUAAAAUGCUACUGAAUUUGUCUGAAAAUCCUGUCAUGACAAAAGAACUACUCAGUGCUGAAGCAGUAUCAGAAUUUAUGGGCCUUUUUAACAGGAAGGAGACAAAUGACAAUAUUCAGGUUGUUCUGGCAAUAUUUGAGAAUAUUGGUAACCAUAUCAAAGAAGAGGCAUUGUUGUUCACUGAUGAUGAUUUCAGUCCUGAGCCACUUAUUUCUGCAUUCCAUGAAGUUGAGAAACUUGCUAAGAAGCUGCAAGGCAAAACAGAUGAUCAAAAUGACCCCGAGGCAGACCAAAAAAAUGAGUAUGAGUAACUACUUGUCUGUGAUUGUCCUUAUGCUCCUGAGUUAUAACCUUGAAUAAUGCUUUUUUCAGUUGUUUGUGUUGUAAUGUACAUCUUUAUUGCUGAUAAUAACUUUGCCCAACUCUUUGUGUGAGCUGGAUUGAUCUUCUGAUGCCAAAUGAAUAUUAGAACUCAAAGCACAUUUAUUGAUAUUUGUUUUUGUCCAGAUUGUGAAUUUAGUGUUUAAGCUUCUAGUGAACCGAGCCAUCAUAAGAAAGCUACCCUUCUGAUUGUUCUAAUAUUAUUGAUGUCUAUUUGAGUCAUGUGUUUCCAAUAAAGGUCUAUGUUAAAGUUAGCA